GCCCCAUGUCUCCUCCCCUGUCCCCCCCGUUGCCCUGCGGUAAGAUGGCGGCUCCCGCCUGGGACGCUGCUGUGUGGCACGUGCUGUGUGAUGGCGCUAGCCGCUGACCUCUAACUGCCGGAAGCGAAGUCGGAAGGAGCGUGCGCAGAAGCGACCCGGGGGAGGAGAAGCGGGCGGAAGAGGCCGGGCUGUGUCGCCGCAGCAGCUCGGGGAGGGUGUGGGGGGCUUGGCCUGUGUGUGACAAGCAGUGCGGGCCCGCCGCUGUCACUCACUCGUCUUUCCUUCUUUCCAUCCCGCACUAAUCCUUGCCUGUCUUCCCCCCCCCUACUCCCCCUCCCUUCUUUCCCCUCUGUGUCAUCAUCGUCACCCCGGGACCCGCUCCGUGCCGGAGGAUGCUCUUGUUCGUAGAGGUGGCGUCAAAAGGUGCUGCAUUGAAUCCAAAUGCAAAGGUAUGGCAGGAAAUUCCCCAAGGAAGCACUGAAGUUCCACAAACUGUCAAUGGCACUGAAGAUUCUUGGGAUGAGGCAGGAGCCGCAACAGAAUCGCAAACAGAAGGCAAUUUAGAAAUUCGGAACGAGGCUUGUAAGCCAUUUGAAGUAAUGUAUUCUGCCUCUUGUGAAGUGAACAGAAAUGGUCUUCAUUUAGAGGAAACGGCUACAAAUGGAAUGGACUUGUUAGUACAGGACGAACUUGGAUACCAAAUGUUUGAUGUAUCGGGUGAUGGCACUUCAACCGUUCCACAAGCUGUUUCUGCUGAGGACCUUAGAGAAUGUUUAAAAAAACAACUUGAAUUCUGCUUUUCAAGAGAGAAUCUCUCGAAAGAUUUAUAUCUAAUGUCACAAAUGGACAGUGACCAGUUUGUACCAAUAUGGACUAUUGCAAACAUGGAAGGAAUUAAGAAGUUGACUGCUGAUAUGGACCUCAUUGUUGACGUUCUCCGUUCUACUCCUGUGGUGCAAGUUGAUGAGAAAGGAGAAAAAGUGAGACCAAAUCACAAGCGAUGUAUUAUCAUUCUACGUGAAAUCCCAGAAACCACUCCUGUAGAGGAAGUGAAAGCAUUAUUUGAUAAUGAAAAUUGCCCCAAAUUAAUAAGUUGUGAGUUUGCUCACAAUAACAACUGGUAUGUUACAUUCCAGUCUGAUACUGAUGCACAGCAGGCAUUUAAAUAUCUAAGGGAAGAAGUUAAAACAUUUCAGGACAAGCCAAUAAUGGCUAGGAUAAAAGCCAUCAACACAUUCUUUGCAAAGAAUGGAUAUCGAGCAGUGGACUCCAGUGUGUACACUCAGCCUGUCCAGACUCAAGCACAGUUUGCCUCUCCUUUAUUUAUGCAGCCUGUAUAUAGUCCUCAACAGUAUUCACUUUAUAACCUUGUGCCUCAAACAUGGUCUCCAAGCCCAGCACCUUACUUUGAAACACCGCUGGCUCCAUUUCCUAAUGGUGGAUUUGUGAAUGGUUUUAAUUCUUCAGGCUCUUAUAAAUCAAGUGCUGCCUCAAUAAGUAUAGGAAGACCUUUCCAUAGAAGUCGUGUGAAGACUCAAUUUCGAUCAUCCACAAACUCUUCAGAAAGGACUGACAGUGGCACUACAGUUCCUGUAUCAUUAGACAUAAAUGUAAAUAGAGCACGCUCCUUUGCCUCAGAAAGGCACAACUCUUCUUUAACCGGGCACCAGGAUAUUUAUUCAAAAGACACGCUAUCUCUACAUCCAGAACAGAAUGGUACAGAUGGAGGGUUCCGAGGAAGAAGAAGUGCCUUCAGAGGCAGAAGACGAAGAGAUGAUGACCGCACCACCCACCCUUUGACUACAAUGGAAGAGAUAGCACCGACACCAAAGUUUGACUUGCUAGCAUCCAAUUUUCCUCCCCUGCCUGGAAGUAUAGCAAGCACACCUGGAGAGCUGGUACUUGAAAGCAGGAUGUCUGAUGUUGUGAAAGGAAUUUGCAAAGAAAAAGAGAAUAAAGAAUUGCCUCCAAAUAGGUCUUCUCAUACUCAGGAUGAACCUUCAAAAAUCACUCUUCAGCAGCCAGUUACAUGCUCUGUGCACAGUACUGCAGAGGAUGUUACCCCACUUCCAGCUCCUCCAAGUAAUCCCAAUGAGAAGAAGGCUACAGAAAUUUCUUGUCACAAAGAUGUUGCCAGCCAGACAUCGGCAGUAUUACCAGUGUGCAAUGCUACUUCUGCAAAACCACCCAAACUUACCACAACUGCACCUAUAGCAAGUGUGUCUCCUGUUCAGUGCAUGCAGGAACCACGUAAAUUAAGUUAUGCUGAAGUUUGUCAGAGACCUCCUAAGGAGCUUGCUCCAGUUCAGCCACUUCGUGAGCUUCGCUCCAACAUAGCACCACCUGCCAAAAAUGAAGAAAGCACUACUCCAGAGAAAAACACUGAAAAGCCCCAUGAGAAGCUUGAAGGAAAAGUCAAAGAUUCCCCUGGAUAUCGCAACAAUGGAACCCAGAGAGGAGGUGCAGGGAAAAUCAGGGAACAGAGACGACCGUUUGUGCGCAGGUCUUCACCUCAGGGAGCAACACGGCGUAAUGGCAAGGAGCAAUAUGUGCCACCCAGAUCACCAAAGUAAAAACUUCUUGUCUUUAAUUUAAAAUUUCUAACUGGACUGAUGACAGCAAAGACUGAAAUUGGAAAUGGUCAUUAAAUGUGUAACACAAUAUGGACAUAAUGGAAUCCAAAAUUCAUCUCGGACAUAAUGGAUUUGAGGUGAUAGUGAGUUCCAGAUGCGAUUUGAAAAAAAAAGCAUAUAUCAGUAUGUCUUUUUUUUUUUUUUCUGUUUUUUUUUUUUUUUUUUCAUCUUUAAUAUUUUACGUUGCAGAAAUUACCUGCCAUAUGUCAGUUUCAGGGUUGUGACAUAAACCUAGAAGACCCUUCUAAAGAGGGUUAAAGAAAAUAUUUUUGAAAAAUAGAUGUUAAAAAAAAAAAUAUAAAAAAUAUAGAAAUUUAAAAUUACUUUUUUAAUCUAUUUAAGGCUUUGCUGGUAGUAUGUGUAUGCCAUUUUGGCCUUGAAGUUAAAAUCAUGGAUGCGGAGUCUGGUCAGUGUGUAACUGUGGCCAGAUACUGUUUUCGUCACAAAUUAUAAACCUGAAUGUACAGAUUAUAUGUAAUGUCAGUUAGCUUGAAAUAUUAGUUUGUCUUUUGACCUUACUAAAAUUUCUCUAAGCAUUUUCACUAUCUUUAGGGGGAAAAAAGCUUUGAAAGAUGGCAAAAAUGCUUAGUUAAAGCAAAGGCAUGUGCAUCAGUAAUUUUUUUUUUUUUUCUUAAUUUAAUUUUUUUCCCAUCUUGUGCAUGAUUCAGCCACAACUGUAAAUCUAUCAAUCCAAACUAUGUGUAUGUCUUGUUUCAGAAAGGGCUAUGCAUAACUGACCUAUGAAUUCAUAUGGUUCUCAUUGGCGUGACUGAUAUAAUUGUUUAUCAUUGAUAAAUGUACUUUUUUUUUUUUUUCCUACCCUAGUACAAGAUUAUAAAGUAGUAGUCUGAUUUGUUUACCUAAAUGAGUUUAGCGCUGUAAAAGCUUACGCUUUUUGGUAGACAUAAUUACACUGAAAUAGUUACAUUUUAAAGCUUGCCCUACAUGUUUUCAUCUUCUCAGCAAAUUUAAUGCUAGGAGUUCAUAAGUGUUUUUUUUUUUUUUUCAUUUUGAUGAACUUCCUUUUGUAAUGUCAAUUUUACUUAAUUUGCUGUUAACUAAUUUUGGAGCAGGUGAUUUUCAAGGGUCCAUUUGCCUAAAGUCAAUUACUUUUAGAAAAGCCUGGAAAACUAAAAACUUUAUAGGUUUAAAAGAUUCAAGGUUUUCAGUGUAGCAUUGAAAGUGGCAGUCGCUUUAAAAAAAAAACACCCAGCUGAUGUUUCCUUGCCGUAGAAAGAGAUGAUGUACUCUUCUCUGUAGCAGGCUGUGCUUCAUACCUUUUGUAUUUUAGCAUUGCAGCCUCUAUAAAACUGGUAUGUGUCUUCCUCUUUGGAUCCAUCUGCCUGAUACCUAUGUGACUUUCAGGACUCAGUAAUGGUAUAACUGUUGACCUUGGAGGACAGCACCACAGUCUGCAAUGAUGGGCACAGGCAUCUGACACAUCCAACAGUGUUCAAUGGCAAAAGAGCCUGAUGGAGGGUAGGUAGGAAACAAACUACUAGAGAGGUUAAAAGUAUCAAGUUUCAAAAUAUAUUAAAUAUAUUUAUACUCGCCUAGGUGGGUGCAGCAUUGAUCCAUUGCUGCAUCUGCCCCCCCUCUGGCUCUCCUGUGAGAAUUCGGCGAUCAAACUAUGCUGAUCGCUCAGUUCUCCCCCUUGGCUCUGAGCAGAGAGCUGUGAAUUUCAGUCACCGGCUCACUGGAGCACUGGGCUGGCUCAGGCUCUCAGCGGAUUGCAAAGUAAUGAGUAAUGACAACAGACUUUAGUCCGCUAUCCUCUGAAAACAGGUCACAAGAGUACAGAACCAUACUUCUCCUUUAAUAUAUUAACUCUGCUAUUGCAGGAAUUUUUCAGCUGUAUUAUAAAAGAAGCUAGAAUUUGCCACAAUUUUAGGAUCUGCACAUGUAUACACCACAACCUUACAGUUCUAAUGCAGCAAAUUUGCCACAAAGACUGUAGCGGUCUUUCUGACCUGGAUCUUGUUUUGUGUUCUACAUUAUGUAUACACUAAAUUAAUGCCUGAACGUAUAAUGCUGCUUAUUUACUGACAACUGGGGCCUGGGCUGCACGGGUUUAGCAGCUGUGUUGCUAAAAUUGCUUGUGACCCGUCACUAAAGAUUGCUGAUGGGGAGAAAUGGCUCUCUCCCGUAGCAAGAAACUGCGAUAAAGUGCACACAAGUGUUUAAUCAUUUGAUCAGUUGUGUACUAUUGGGUGGCAUUUGACAUUUUCUCCAUUAGGUUUUUCACCAACUCUAUUAACCACGGGUGGUUUUAGUAAUGAAAAAGUCAGCUACGCAGCUUGGAGUGAACACGUGCUUCAUAGUAUAUACCAUGUGCAGUAUGUGAGUGUUUAAAGAUUUUGCUAUGCGGGCAGCUUCUUGACGAUCUUGCACACCUGGAUAACAUCGGAGACUGUAUGUUUUGUAACAAUUGUGACUGUUAAUGGCAUAUGACCAUAUGCUGCUGUGUUUGUAAAACCUUGUAAGUAGGCCUAAAUAUCACUUGAAAUCCUAUGAUUUGUAGGUUAGUAGUGAUGGCUGUUGGGGUGUGCAGUAUUGAAACUGGAAAAACACCAGUUUAGCAAAGCGAUUAGUGGCUGUAUACAGUAACAAUACUGAUGCAGUUAAUGGUGUGUAGAAUAUCCACCUUCACGUUUAAAGCGGUAUCCUAACAAUUUAGCUGUAUAGUGUAGCUGGUAUGAGUAUCUUCUAUUCCCUAAUUCAAUGAGGGUGAUCCUUGGCACCCCAGAUGUUUUGGAACUACAUUUCCCAUUAUGCUCAACUACACUGCAGAGUGCAUGAGAAUCAUGGGCAAUGUAGUCCAAAACAUCAAAGGUUCCAAGGUUCGCCAUCCCUGCCCUAAUCCAUCUAGAUUACUCAUUUUAACUUUGCUGACCAUUUGCAUUUGUCAUAGCAAAUGCAUGUCUAAGUGUACUAGUUGUCAUUCAUCUUUACAUGAAGACAUGCUGGGCCUACUCUGAUCUUGGUACAGUUAUCAUUUAACAUAUCUUGGUCUCUGUAUCUUGUUCUAGUGGAAAUCCGAACAUAUUGAUGCAGUGCUUUUGACCAUAUGAUUUUGAAAUGGGACUUGAGUAUGUAUUGUAUGUUUAAUUUUUUUUUUUUUUUUAGAUGUAAAAUAAAUUAUCAUUGAUUGUGACUUGCAGAAAUCCUAUAAUGUAAGUUGAUAUGUGAAUUUGAGAGGAUGCUUUGUGUGUAUAGCAUUUUUUUUGUUUUUCAGACUUAUAGUUCAUGUACAGAAAUAAUUAAAAUGUGUGGAAGCGUUUUUGCUUUUUCAGUAUAAACGCUACGUUAGGACUUUUCCAUAAAAAAAAAAAAGUAUUUAAAUUUCCUGUGCAAGAUGUUUUGGUGCCCUUGUAGGUAUUUUCUUUUCUCUCCUCGUGUGUGGACUGGGGCUAUAAAAGUAUAACUAAGGCUGUGAAAUAUUUAGAUUUGUAUAUGAACUACAAAUGCAGUAUGUUGCAUGACAAGCACACAGCCUUCAUUUGGCUGGCUGCAUUCUGUCAUAUUCUCCACAUAAUAUGUAUAUUCUCAGGCAAAUUUCAGAUAUCAGACUAUACUGUUGUCAGUUCUGUUGUAGGCAAUCUUGUAACUUAAAGCAUCUCCUUUUAACCAAACCUUGCAAUACUUGCCUAACCCUACAGCUUUGUUCAUAGCAAUCAUAAUCUAUUUGAUAGAUUUUUUGACUUGCAUGUUUCAGGAGCUGAUUUUCUUUUUUCUCCAGGGUUUUUUGUGUUCGCUUUUUUCAUUAACUUUAUUCUUUGUACUACUACCACUAAUAAAUUUUGCAUUGCAAAGUUCUAGGCAUACAAGUAUAUUAUGCAUCUAAAAUGGUGUGGUGUAACAUUCCUGUUUGCUCAAAUUUAUUGUUGGAUUAUGAUCUGCUAAAACACAAAUCACACACUUCAGCAUUUUAAGAAGGUUAGUUUUACCCCCAGUAAUGUUGUAUAGUGCAUCAUUUGUUGCAUAUGCACUAGGUGAUUGCUUUUGUUUUUAUGUAUUUUAUUUGCAAUGCUUCUUUUUUUUUUUUUUUUUUUCUUCACCUUGCCCUAAUUAUCCCUUUUUAGUUUUAUUCUGGUAACCGUGUGUGAUUUCAUUAAUCUGGCUUUGUUUUGUAUAUUGUGUCAGGGCUUUCUAUACUAUGGUACCAUUCAAUUGUCGACUUGUAUAAUUUAAAUGUGGAUAAUCAAGGAAUUCAUGACAAUAUUUGUAUCCUCAAUCUGGAACAUGAUUUUGAACUUCGUUUACCUGAGAAACACUUAAAAAUAAAAAUGGACUUUUUGGCACUUAAAGAGCUGCUCAUGUUUAAAUCUGAACUAUACUCAAAAUUCAUCUUUGCAAAACUUUGGCCGAACUGAAAAAUUGUAACAACUUUUUACCCGGUAAUUCUAACUUGCCUUGGCAUCUUGUCAGUUAUAUAUGGGGCUUUUUAGUCAAAAUGAACAUGCAUUUUUUUUUUUUUUUUUUUUUUCUUUUUUUUUUCAGCUUAUUUUAAUUUAAAAUUGUGAAGUAGGGUUCAUGCUUUAAAUGUAUACAUGUAUUUGUAUUCUAUUCUGGACAUUGCCAAGGUGCUAUGAAAUAUUUAAUAACAGAUUUAGAAGAAUAAAGCUGAUUUAAAGGGUA